AUGAAUCGUUCACCUUUAAGCGAUUUUAAUCGUCGACGUAGUUUAUUUGAUUCACCAAAUUUUAUACGUUUUAUUAAUAAAACUUUACAUAAUCAAGAAAAAAUUGAUCCUAAUAUAAAUUCUCAAAAUUAUUCUUCAUAUAAUAAUUCUAUUGAAAAACAUCGUAUAGCUAGAACAAGAAAAUUAACAAAUAUGAAUGAACAAUCACCUUUACAAUUAAAUCGAGGUAUUAUUCAAUUAAGUCUUAUUACUUCAGAUAAUCAUUUAACUGUAAAAAUUAUACGAGUAAAAGGUAUAAAUCAACAUUCAACAAAUAUUUUAAUUAAAAUGACUUUAAUACCUGAUCGUAAACCAUUAGAAUGUAAUACACGUGCUGUACCGAAUUUAAAUAGUUCAGCUAUAUUUAAUGAAAAAUUUACAUUUGAAAUAAAUAAUGAUGAUUUACAUAAACGUUUAUGUUUUUCAAUAUAUAAUUAUCAACAAGAAAAAAAUGAUAUGCAAUUACAAGGUUGUUUAUCAUUUGGAAUUAAAAAUACAUUAAAAAAACAACUGAUUCAUGGUUGGUAUUAUAUUUUACAAGAAGAUGUUGGAGAAUUACGUCAUAAACACGUACCUGGUCAUGGAGAAAAACAUGUUACUUCAAUUAAUCGUGAUAUAGCAGAUUUAGAAGAACAUCAACUUAUUAUAUCCCGUGGUAUCAAUGAUUCAUUUGGUUUUACAGUUGUUGGUGAUAGUCCAACAUUUGUUGGCAAAGUAACGGAAAAUAGUCCAGCAGCUCGAUGUGGUCUUAAACCAGGUGAUUUUAUUGUUAAAGUUAAUGGACAAAAUGUUUCACGUGGACAUCAAAAACCUGUAUCAAAAUUAAUUAAACAUUUAAAACAUUCAGUUACAUUAGAUAUUCAUCGUUAUCCAAAUGGACCUCCAAUACGAACAACAAAUCGUGAUAUCCAAUCAUUAUUAUCAUCAACAGGUACUGUAUCAACAGAAGAUUCAUCAACAGGUAGUGAUUCAUCAAUAUCAUAUCCUUCUCAUCAUUUUAAACAAAUAUCAUCAUCAUCAAAUUCAAAUCGAAACUUUGUUGAUCUUGCACAAUUAGGACAUUAUGUUGAACCAAAACCAUUAAUACGACAAGCAACAGGAUCAUCAUCAACAGCGCAACCAUUUUAUGAAAUGACAAAUUCAUCCAUGUUAGCUGUUAAAGGUUCACCAACGAAUACAUUUGUUUAA